CUACUUUUGUGUUAGACAAUGUAGGAGAAAAAUGAAGUAUAUACUCUGUCGAAAAGAAAAAAUAGCAAUUUGCCAUGAAGUCGGUAUUCGGUUUCACGUUAAACAUUGACGCGGGUGUAGAAGUACGUUCAAAAGGUGAACGGUGAUAAAUAUAUAUGUAUAUAAACAAAUCAUUUUUAAUAAAACAAUUUUGACUGGAGAACGCUAAUUAAUCCACUGCAUCGAAAUCAAGUAUCCUCUACACUGUGUCAUUGACUUGGGACGAAGUGUCAAAAUCGCUCGAGUCCAUCUUCGUUUUUGCCGACAUUUGACCAUAACAAAAAUCAUCAACCCGUUCGUUUAUAGUAAUACAUGUAACAAACAAAAGCUUAGUGAUUUGGAAAUUCGACUUUUCAUCCGAUCGUUAUAUAUGAUAGAAAAUUACUAUUUUCAUAACAGUAGACGAAGGAAUGAAAAGAUGUUGGUUUCCACAUAUUCCAAUUAAAUAUGUAAAGAUACAAACAACAUUGUUUGAUACUGUUGAUUUCUUGGAAUAUAUUUCAUCAUGACAUUACACAAAGGGUGCAAAGAAACACUUAAAAAGAUGUAUCAAAUAAAAGUCUUUUUUCACUGAUCACAACUUAUUGAGAUUGGAGAGUGAUGCCGGUUCAUCAGAUCAAUGUUAAUCCGCCUGACUGGCAACCACCUCUAUCUCUUGGUCCUUCCACAAAUAAUAGUCCUGCUGGAGGAGAAGGAUUACCAGAAUGGACUCCACGGGAAUCAGCAUAUGCCACAGUUGUUACGAUCAUACCAGAGCAUUGCCAUUCAUCUGUAAGCACACUAUCUUCGAGCAAUCAUGAUAUUUGUCGAAUCUGCCAUUGCGAAGGUGAAGAAGGUGCUCCAUUGUUAGCACCAUGUUAUUGCAGUGGUAGCUUACGUUAUGUGCACCAGGCAUGCCUCCAACAAUGGAUAAAAGCAUCAGAUACACGUGCUUGUGAAUUGUGCAAAUUCACAUUUAUCAUGCAUGCUAAAACAAAACCUUUUUAUGAGUGGGAAAAAUUAGAAAUGUCUGCUUUGGAGGUACGUAAAUUGUGGUGUGCAGUGGCUUUCCAUGCAGUAGCUGCACUUUGUGUAGCUUGGUCCUUAUACGUACUUGUCGAACGUUCAGUGGAGGAAGCUCGCCGUGGAUUUGUAGAUUGGUCCUUUUGGACUAAACUAAUUGUUGUUGUAAUAGGCUCUACUGGAGGUUUAGUUUUUAUGUAUAUUCAAUGCAAAGCAUAUAUUACAUUAUGCAGGAAGUGGCGAGCAUUUAACAGAGUGAUAUUUAUUCAAAAUGCUCCGGAGAAAGUGGUGCUUCCUCCCUCACCUACAGACUCUUUAAGAGAAAUGUCAUUGCCUCUAAAGGAUCCAACUGCCUCCAUGCCAGAGCUCAAUCGUACCCUAUUGCCCCGUACUAUAGAUCCUCCAUGUGCCUCACAAAUGGUAAAACCAGAAUGUGUUGCGCCUUCACAGAGGCAUGACGCCCAAUUAAAACUUUAUGUCUUUGAUAAAUUGUCUUCUUCCGAAGACAAUCUAUAAUAAACUAAAAAUGAAACGAAUGCUAACUACAUGAAUGUAAUUGGCAAAGUUUAAUUUACGUAUAAAUGAACGGGUGAAGUGGUAAUUUUAAAAUAUACAUAUUACGAUUUCGAAAAUUGAAAUUCCCUUUUCGAAACCGUCAAGUAUCCGCCCCCCGUGAAGCACUUUUAUUUGGAACUUAGUACUUCAGUGCUUUCAAUAAGAAUGGGAUAGCUGAAAGUGCUCGGUUAAAAUACUGACAUUUUUCUCAGACAAUUGUGUACAUAAUUAUUGUAUCUGUGAUGUUAUUAAAUAAACUUUACCAUAUUUAAACAAUA